CGCAUGUAGUCAUGGAAAUAAUAUGACACCACACAAAGCCACACGUUGUCCAUCCAUCCAUCCAUCCAUUCGUCGAUCAUUUUCUGAGUCUUUCACAAAUAGGCAGUGCCUGUCUGUCUGUCUGUCUGUCUGUCUGUCGACCAGCCAUACACUCAUCUCAUACCAAUGCUAGAAGGGCCCCCCCGUCCCCCCGACCCGAGGGAGAGCUUGACAGCCGCCCCAGCUGCCGGCACCAGCUCCUCCGCGCCCCUGUCCUCCCCCCGCCUCAGUGCACGGUUCCUUCUCCGCAAAAGUGCUAGCUUCUCGGGCGCCUGCGUCUUGACGAGGUUGAGGCGGUCCCGCAGGUCGGAGUAGUCCUCGCUCUCUACCACCUUGCACUUGUAGUAUAAGUCGCGCCGCUUCUUGGGGUAGAGGUAGAGCAUCAGGAAGUCGGCUGCCAGGGUGGCGGUGCGGAGGAGGGCCAUGCAGGCGCCUAUCUGGAUGACAAUGAGGGUGAGGGCGACCUUCCUGCCGAUGCCCUGCGAGUCGACGAGGAUGCGGAUGCCCCGCAUAAAGUACGCGUCUCGCCGGUCGGUCUUGCUGCCGCUGUCUCGGUAGUGGUGCGCUCUCUUCUGCGUGAAGCCCCCACUCUGGGUGCCGAUCUGCUCUGUGGUCGAUGCGUUGAAGUCACGAUCCAGCCGCUCCACCUUGACGUCAUACGGCUCACACUUCAUCGUGACGUCGCAGUCCCACAGGAAAGUGACCCCCAGCAGGACGCCGGUGUCGCUCACGGCGUCGAUGGUCAGCGAUGAAUGAGUUUUGUUGAGCAGCCCUGCCAGGGUGAUGUUGCGGAACUCAGGGAUGGAGGCCACAAAGAGGUAGUUGCCGAUGUUAGGGAAGGCGAUGCCCGCCUGCAGGUCGAGGACGAGCUUGUCCAGCCCCUUGACCUUGGUGAUCUCCAUGUCGCUCGACUUGUCGGCCGUGGCCUCAUUGAUGGUCGGACACCAGUUGGCGCCCUUGCAGUGCUUUGUGGCCUCGUCACACGUGGCUGGCGGCCGGCAGGGACACGGGUCGGUGAAGUCAACGCAGUCGCCCACCUGCUGGCCCCUCUGCACCAUGAUCUUUGAAGCGAUGAAAACGCCUGAAGCCUCGAUCUCUGGGAAGCGGAGGUCGGAUAUGUCAAAGGCCCUCUGGGGGUUGGCGGCGUCGAUGCUCUUGCCCUUGACUUUGGCUACGAUAAACCCGUUGCCGGGCUCUUGGAACUGGUGGCGGCCCUGCUUCCACAGAUUGAAGAUGGCGAAAUACAGAAUGAUCAUUGUCACAAUGCUCCAAUACAGAAGUCCCAGCCACCGAUCCUGAAGCCAUCCAUCCAUCCAUAUGUGUGUGUGGGUGUGUUGGCUGCAAGGCAAUGGUGAUGCACCUCACCUGGAUGUUGACGACUUUGAAUGUGCGGUACCUGCACAGCACAGAAUGGACAGCGCGCCGCAGCACACAGACCGAUGCACAGUGUGGAUGCGUCAGAUCUGUCCAUCAACUCACGCGAACACACGGUCAAGAUCCACUCCACAGAAAAGCUGCGGAUCCUCAUCCCCCUCGCGAUGGUACGCACCGCUUGCUGCUGCUGCUGCAGCGGCGCUGGACGACGUGUGCUGCGCUCCUGGGCCGCCAGACAUUGCAGGAAGCC